AUGGGACAUAACUUGUCGAACUCGACACAGAAAGAGAUUCCGGCACUGACUCGGAGACUUUGCCUAGACCUCAAGGAACUGAAGAACACGCUUAGAGUCGCUCGCAACAUCGACGACUCAAUUCGCAUUCUCCUCAACUCGAGCAACGUUCGAGAAUACAGUCGAAGCAAAGAGCUAAUUGGAAUAUCUGAGGAGGAGCGCGACAAACGCUGUUUAGACGUACAACAGCAACUGUUCGCAUCAUGGCUCUCCCGAACACAGCUACUAGACACUUGCGAACACAUUGUCCAGUCAGAAGCUGUUCACCAACGGACUCCAAAGCCGGUCGCAGAAGCAAGUGCUACCCCGGAGCGACUGGAUCCGUACGCCAAGUCACAGGCUGUUGACGAAUCGGUUACGACAGCACUCUUGAGUGUGAUAGCCAACGAACGACAAGUCGAGAACAUUGUGCGUGAUCGAAGCUGGGAAGAACUUACUGCCUUUUGUCCAAACCUCCAGCAAGAUUGGCGGGAUGUUUUUCGUUAA